GAACCUGCGAGUUAAGGUCUUGUGGUUACAUAAAACAUUUUUUGCAAUGCACUGGUUUUGGUUAUACUCGCAGCUAUUGUCCCCUGUGUGUUUGAAAAGUGUAAAUAUUGCGGUCUUUAUUAGUAAGUUUGAGAGGAGGAGCCCGCAAGAUGUGCUUCUUCCUUGCCACUACUCCUUAAAGUUCUUUGUGUGUGAACAGUUCUUUCUCCCGUAGGCUUUGUCUCCUCCUUCCCGAGGCAUUGGUAUGUGACAGCCCAGUGUGUGCGUGUGGCAGGGGAUCAGGAACAGCUGGGGGUAGGGAACUGGCUGGGAAUAGGGAACCGGCUGAGCAGAGCUGGCUUCUGUUGUGCAAAUAACUCUGCUUGCACAAGGGCCCGGAAAGGAAAUAAAAGAAACUGUAGUCACUGUGUGAGUGAUAGGAGAUUUAAUGUUACCAGGAUCUUGGAAUUCGGAGGGAGGUGGAACUCUGUCGUAGGCUGUUACAGCUUGUUUUGAUCCAAGAAGUGUUUUUAAAGGGUCUUUGAGAAGGAACAGCAUCCACUGCUCGACCUACUUAGCGUCCCUGUGUGUGAACAGCCUGCCGACCUGCCGGCUGCCUUCAGACCUCGCUGAGAGAGAGCUGCACUUCCAGCCAGGAGCUCGCAGGAACAGGGCCGGGGCAGUGGCUGAGGUGCCACGUGGGCAGAGGAACGAGGUCCCCUAUCUGCCGGGAGGGCGCGGCCUUGGGAAACAGCUGUUUCUCCCUCGGAGUCCUUUUAAUUCCUCCCACCCCAAAUCCUAUUUGGACACGUCCCUUGUAGAACGAAUCCUGUUUGGAUCCCAGGAGUUGUUGCAUCUAUGGGAAAAGCCUUUAGGGAAAGGCAGCAUUUGUGGCCUCAUCCUGUACUCCAGUCCCACAGCUGCUCAGCAAAGCCUCCUUACUGGGACCUCCUCCAGUGUGGGAUAUCGAGUGGCUCUCGGCUGCUUCUCUCUUUCCUCACAUGAGGCAGCGGUGACAAAUUCCACCAUGUGGUGUGAAGUAGUGUCCCUUCUCCGCUCCCUGGGAAGCUCUCUGGUGUCCUACUUUGAUGCUAAGAAAAAAAGAAAAGUGGCAGAGAUUUACCAGGCUCUGAACAGCGACCCCAUCAACGUGGCAACGCUGAGGCGGAUGGCGAUCAGCGAGGGUGGGCUGCUCACCGACGAGAUCCGGCGCAAAGUGUGGCCAAAGCUGCUCAGUGUUAACACAGAUGACCUGCCCCCUCUUCCAGCAAGGAAGGAGCUGCGAGAGGACAAUAAGGAUUACCAGCAGGUGUUACUGGAUGUGCGGCGAUCCCUGCGCCGCUUCCCGCCAGGGAUGCCAGAUGACCAGAGGGAAGGAUUGCAGGAGGAGCUCAUCGAUAUCAUCCUCCACGUCCUCCAGCGCAACCCCCAGCUGCAUUACUACCAGGGAUACCAUGACAUCGUGGUCACCUUCCUCCUGGUGGUGGGGGACAGGCUGGCCACUGCACUGGUGGAGAAGCUCUCAACGCAUCAUCUCAGGGAUUUUAUGGACUCAACAAUGGAUAAUACCAAGCACAUUUUAAAUUACCUGAUGCCCAUCAUAGACCAGGUGAACCCUGAGGUGCAUGACUUCAUGCAGAGUGCGGAGGUGGGAACCAUCUUUGCUCUCAGCUGGCUGAUCACCUGGUUUGGCCACGUUUUGUCUGACUUCAGGCACGUUGUGCGAUUAUAUGACUUCUUCCUGGCUUGCCACCCACUGAUGCCCAUUUAUUUUGCAGCUGUGAUCGUGCUGCACCGGGAGCAGGAAGUUCUGGACUGUGAGUGUGACAUGGCCUCUGUCCACCACCUCCUGUCCCAGAUCCCACAGGACCUUCCUUAUGAGUCUCUGAUCAGCAAAGCCGGGGACCUUUUUGUCCAGUUCCCACCAUCUGAACUCGCCAAGGAGGCAGCUCAGGCAGCUCAGGCGGAACGAACUGCGGCUUCCACUUUUAAGGACUUUGAGUUGGCGUCAGUGCAGCAGAGACCAGACACUGUGUUGAGGCAGCGCUUCAGAGAGCGGCUCCGAGGGGAGGAGCGGCUCCGAGGGGAGGAGAGGACAAAAUCCAUCUUGACAAAGCCCCGGACCAACCGCUUUGUCAAGCUGGCAGUGAUGGGGCUGACGGUGGCACUGGGAGCAGCUGCCCUGGCUAUGGUGAAGAGUGCACUGGAGUGGGCACCCAAGUUCCAGCUGCAGAUUUUCCCCUGAAGCCGGAGGAAGGGCCUUUGCUGUCACUGCAUCCAUCCCCAGCAGGAAGGGCUGAUGUGUGAUGAAGGACGUGUUCAGAAACGACCUGUCUGAAGAUUAUUUUUUUUUCUUACUGCAUCCAGUAACGCUUUUGGCCUUUGUGACAGAGGCUGAGGGAACCAGCCCAGCAGGACAGUUCCCCACACCAUGCUCACCUUGUUCCCUUCUCCCUGUGCAAGGGUGAGCAGACAGGCACUCCUGCUGUCUCCUGAGGAACCAGAGGUAUGGACAAAUUUGGCUGUUCAGGCUGUGCUCAGGUGACUGUACAGAGGGAGAGCUGUGUGUGGGCUGUGCCCAAAUGAUCCCAUGUUCUCCACUGGGGAAAACUAGUGGAAGUGGGAGCAGAUCUUUGCCUGGAGGAGUGUCCAACAGGGUUUGUUCUGGGUGCUUGUGUGUGUAAGGGUGGAGGGCAUCACACUCAUGAGGAACAGGGCAGCCCUUUGGCUCUUCAUUGCUCCAGUGUGCCCCACAAUCUGCCUUCAGCUUUGCCGGUGCUCCAGUUCUUCCCUGUCCUCUGGGCACCCUCUGAGCAGAGCCAAACCUUUCCCACACACUGGCCAGCACAAUGCUCUCAGCUUCUCUUCAGUGUGUAACACUCCCUGGCUCUUUUUGUUUCCACAUCUUUGCUGCCUGAUCUGUUUGUAGGGGCCAGGGCCAUUAACAUGCCCACUUGGAGAAAGGCUUUCUUCACCUUGUGAAACACUUUACACAGGACAGAAGUUGUUGCACUAGGAAGUGUGACAAAAACCUCCCCCACAAGCUGAUCAGGCUCCAGCAUCACUUCUGGAAAUAACACUAAGCGUUUCCCAGAAAGGCCACCCUGACCCCUGCAUAUCUCCCAUCUCCCCACCAGUUCCAUUGGCAGUCCCAGCGCUCCCUGCCCUCCAAGCUAAGCAGCAAAUCCUUCUAGACAGCUCAGUGUCCCACUGAGACAGAGCCAAUAGACACUCUAUGCCUCUACCUCUCCCCCAAGCUGCUAAAUCUCCCUCAAGUGUCCUUACCUGUCCCUCACGGCUCCCUCCCGCUGCCCCAUCAUUGCUCUGUUGUGCCCAAAGCCAUCUGUGCCAUGCCCAGGGGCUGCACACCUGAAAAUGAGGUUUUGGUUGAAGGGAUUUUGGGAUAAAGAAGAAACUCAUGCCCUGCAAAGCUCAGCACCCCCCACUCCCACCCAUCUUGGUCCAUGACCGCCCUGGGUGUGUUCUGGUUUGCCCCACGGGCCCUUGCUCAUGGAAGGGAUGUGCCUUUCUGGCCAGAGGGCAGGUGGGCAGUUUUCAUUCCUGGCUUGUGUUCCCAUGAAGCUCUGAGCAGGAGUUCCCUUUGCCUCUGCAGGUAAAAGGUGGAGUGACUGAAACUGCCCUUGUCCAGGCAGGCAGCAAGACCUGUUCCCUCCUCUCCUCAAUGGUGCCAGUGGCCUUGGAGAGACCUGGGGCUGCUCAGGGGCUCCUCCCAGUGUGGCUGAAGGCAGAGCCCAUUCCUGGCCCCUUGGCACCCCCAGAGCAGCAGAACAGGACUGGGGGCUGGGUCACUUAGCACUUUAGAAACCAUUGGUGCAGGAGAGUGUGGUGACCUGGGAAUGCUGCUGGAGGGCCCAGGACUGCUCUGUACACCUUGCUGAAGGAGAGGAUGGCUGGAGCCCCCAGGAGGAGCCCCUGCAGCCCCUCCAUUCCCUGGCCAUGAUGCACUUUAGUUCUUGUGUUGUCCCCAGUGGGGGGAGAAGGGCCUGGGAGGAGACCAGGGUGCUUCAGUUGCUCUGUACAAAGACUUAUACAUCCCCUGUAAAUGCAGAUUUCUACAAGCCCUAAAACUGUAAAAUAAACAGUUACUAAACACA